AUGUUUAUUCGUCCAUUGACCUCUAUACCGAGUUUGGUAUUCACUGUGCUCAUCUUUUGGGCUGAAUCCAUCGUCAGGCUCAUUGUGACAUUCACGCCAAAGUUCAUCAUUGUCUCUGCAGAUUCGGCUGUUCGAUUUGUGUUUCCAUGGCUGUCUGAUUCAGUCAAGAGUCCUCGAGUGAGUCCGUUGGAGUUUGCAAGCACAUUUGAGGAAAUGAUCAAUUACUGGAAUUACGAUUAUGAGGAACAUUUCGUGAGAACGCACGACCACUAUCUCCUAUGCCUGCAUCGUAUCAAGCAACAAGCAGAUGAGCAGCAGCAGCAGCGUGUAACACAAAGGCGUAUGAAUAGCAAUGCAUCCGAUGAAAUCCUUAAAAAGGGUGCUACCAUCAUCAAUCAAAUGCACAGAUUCAAAAAGAACACAAACAGCACUUAUCAAGGAAGGCCAGUUGUACUGCUGUAUCACGGCCUUACCCUGACGUCUGAGGUGUGGAUUUCCAACAUUAAAGAAAACCGCAAUCUCGCAUUGUACCUCACAGAAAGAGGCUAUGAUGUUUGGAUGGGAAAUGCUCGUGGAAACAAAUACAGCCAGUCUCACCUGAGCAGAAACCCAAAGAAUGCCGAUUUCUGGGAUUUCUCAAUUAAUGAAUUUGCCAUGUUUGAUAUGCCAGAUACCAUCGACUAUAUCCUUAGAAAGACGGGUGCACCUGACCUGACCUACAUUGGCUUCUCACAGGGCACUGCUCAAGCAUUUGGUUGCCUCUCAAUCAAUCCUGACAUGAAUGACAAGGUAAAUCUCUUCAUUGCCAUGGCUCCCGCUGCAUCGCCAAAGGGAUUUUCUCAUCCCCUUUUGGAUGGCUUUGUGAAAGCAGCUCCUUCCAUCAUUUACUGUCUUCUUGGUCGCAAAAUCUUUUUGAAAUCAGUUAUAUUUUGGCAGCGAAUCAUCAGCCCUCCUAUCUUUGUCAAGCUGAUUGACGGCGCUGUUCAUUUCUUGUUUGGGUGGCAUUGCAACAAUAUGUCCCGAGACCAAAAGCUAGUCAGCUACCAGCAUCUGUUCAGUAUGACCAGUGUAAAAUCGAUAGUCCACUGGUUUCAAAUCAUCAGCUCUGGAAGAUUUCAAAUGUACGAUGAAACACCUAGCAUGCUACCUUGGAGCACUGUGAAUACAGUCAUUGAUCAUUUGCCCCCCAAAUUCCCCACCAGGCAGAUCACAACACCCAUUGCCAUCUUUUAUGGAUCUGGAGAUACGUUGGUGGAUUUUGACAUACUCAAGAGCAAUCUCCCUCCAUUGUCUUAUAUCAAGAGCAUUGAUGGCUGGGAACACAUGGACUUUUUAUGGGCUCAUGGGCUUGAAAAGAAGGUCUAUCCUGACAUCUUGAGGUUACUUGAGCACUUUAAUAGCCCCCCGCACGUUUUCCAUGACAUUGAGGAGAAGGUGCCAUUAAAGAUCAAAUACAUAAAUAUAGAGAGAGCUGCUACUGUUAUACCCAACAACAUGAAAGUAUCCACAAUAGCAGUGUCGGAAUAG